AUUGCAGGAGACUGUCCUGGAUUGUUCGAUCGGAACUGGAAUACCUUUCCGACAUGCUCUUCAUUUAUCUUGCAGCCAGAUCGAAUGUUUACGUCAGACUUUCGUGGUUGCAUUUUUCUCUUGAAGUUUAAUGUCAGAAACACCGUCAGACGAAUAACUCCGGAAUAAAAGUGAAUGUCUGGAUCACUGCAGCCCCACUCUGAGUCCACAGUUGGUGAGCUGAGAUUUUCCACUUCGGCCUAGCAGGAGUCUGCCCAUCCAAGAAGCUACCUUCUUCUGUCAGCACUCGAAGCAAAGACCCUGGAUUUGUUGCUGUUGCUGCCUUCUUUGCCUUCUUGUUUAUUUAUUUAUUUAUUAAAUCAUUUAUUUGGUAAUUUUUUUUUGGGAUGACGCCGUGUUUACGCAUGGGCCAGAUUGAAUGGCGGGAAAUCGCGGCGCUCUGCGUCUGAAGUUCCAGCCGCGUGGGGAGUUUUGGGAUGGCGGCAGCCCGCCUGGCCUGUGCUAGUUUUGCUCAGGCGGCCAUCGGCGGGCGACGCUGGUGAGGGGGAAAGGGAGGGGGCCCACAAUGCGGGGGUGUCCCGGGCAGGCCCUUCCAGGAUGCCCAUCACACAAGAGAACGCCCUGAGCUACCUCCCCCUGCUGGAGGGCCGGCUCGGGGGGCGGGAUGAGGGGGCGGGGCCCGGGCCGGCGGGGGGCGGGGCCCUGUGCCGGGCUGCCAUCCAGAAGCUGGUGGAGUACAUCCAGCUGAACUUCGGCGAGGGCGACGGCCCCCCGCCGCCCGCCGCCCUGCCCCUGGAGGUGGUGGACGCGGAGGUGCGGUCCGUCUGCGUGACCAAGGAGGAGGGGGACGGGGACCAGUUCGGCCUCAGCUUCGGGAACAUCCCCAUUUUCGGCGACCCCGAGGGCAGGAAGAAAGGGGGCAGGCGGCGGAGGCGCAAGGGGGACAGCGGCCCCGUGCUGGACGUGGGCUGCAUCUGGGUGACGGAGGUGAGGAAGACGAGCCCUGCCGCCCGCUGCGGGGAGAUCAAGCUGCGGGACGAGCUCCUGUCACUCAACGGUCAGCUGAUGGUGGGCGUGGACGUUACUGGAGCCAGCUACCUGGCUGACCAGUGCUGGAAUGGUGGAUGCAUCUACCUGAUCAUGCUGCGGAGGAUCAAACGCAAAGCGCCCCUCCCCCCCUGCAACGGCAGCGUCUUCGGCAGCGGGGGCGGCGGCGGCGGCGGCGGCGAGCGCAGGACGAGCGUCUCGUCGGAGCCGGCCGGGAGCCCGGCGCAGAACGGCAAGCGCACCCGGAAGUUCGGGGUCGCGUCCCGCUCCUCCUUCGCCCGCGACAGCCGGGACGGCCAGGAGGACCACGAGCAGGAGAACGGCUACGGCUCCUCCCUGGACGCCGAUGCCACGCCCCCGCAGGGCGGCACCCCCCUGGGCACGCCCACGGAGGAGGGGCCGGCCGCCGCCCCGCCCGGGACGGUCCCGCCCCACAUGCACAACGGGAGGCACGCCUGCACCCUCCCCAAACGCCCACCCGUACGACUCUCUGAAAGCAGCAAGUCCGAAUCCGUGAGCAGUGAACCCUGCAGCCAGCUGAGGGAGGGCAGUCGGAUUUGGAAGAUGCACAUGGUCAAGGGGCAGGACGGCCUGGGGAUCCAGAUCACGGGAGGCCGGGGGUCCAAGAGGUCCCCCCACGGCAUCAUCGUGGCCCAUGUGGAGGAGGGCGGAGCCACCCAGAGGGAUGGCAGGCUGAAGGCUGGGGACGAGCUCCUGAUGAUUAACGGGCAGUCGCUGGUGGGGCUGUCGCACCAGGAGGCCGUGGCCAUCCUCCGCUCCUCCGCGGGGCUGGUCCAGCUGGUGGUGGCCAGCAGGGAGGAAUCCGAGGUGGAUUUUCACAAGUACCCGUCCACCAGCCUGCCGGACUUGGUGAGCACAUGCUCCUCCCAGGGCAUCUCGCCGUCCGCCGCCGACGACAAGGAGAACAUGGAGCCGGACGUGGAGGACGUGACGGCCAGCAGCCUCUCCCUGCCCACCCAGGGCUCAUUUACGGAGCUGGAUAAACUGGAAGAUCGGGGGCGGAUGGAGGGACAGAAAGGAUGCUGUCGCAGCCCAACGCCCAUGAAGUUCCGAAGUCGAUCCCAAGGUGGAGGGAGCCGCUUGGAGUCGGUUGGGGAGGACGACGAGCUGAUCGUGGAGAACGGAGACGCGGGCAGCGACACGUCGGAAAAGCCGGCGCGAGGUGGGCGCAAGCACUCCCUGCCACAGCAGCUGGACACAGUGGGCAUCAGACAGGAAUAUCAGAUUGUUAAGAAAUCGGCUCGUUCCCUGAGCACAGUUCAAGUGGAGUCUCCAUGGCGACUGGCCCAACCAUCCAUUAUCUCCAAUAUAGUGCUUAUGAAAGGACAGGGCAAGGGCCUGGGGUUUAGCAUUGUAGGCGGCCAGGAUUCUGCCCGUGGAAGAAUGGGAAUUUUUGUCAAGACGAUUUUCCCCAACGGAGCAGCUGCCGCUGACGGGAGAUUGAAAGAGGGGGAUGAGAUCCUGGAGGUGAACGGAGAGUCGCUGCAGGGUCUCACCCACCAGCAGGCCAUCCAGACAUUCAAGCAACUGAAGAAGGGCGUGGUCACCCUGACGGUGCGGACGCGCCUCCGCAGCCCCAGCCUCACGCCCUGCCCCACCCCCACCCUGCUGAGCCGCUCCAGCUCGCCCAACUCCAACGCCAGCGGGGGCGCGCCCCUCCCGCCGCCGCCCAUCGAGGACGGGGACGCGGCGACCCGCCGGGGGCCGGGGCCCAAGGACCGCAUCAUCAUGGAGGUCACGCUCAACAAAGAGCCGGGGGUGGGGCUGGGGAUCGGGGCGUGUUGCCUCACUUUGGAGAACAGCGCCCCCGGGAUCUACAUCCACAGCCUCGCGCUGGGGUCUGUCGCUAAGAUGGACGGCAGACUGAGCCGCGGGGACCAGGUUCUGGAGGUGGAGUCCGUCAGCCUGCGCCACGUAGCGCUGAGCGAGGCCUACGCCAUCCUCAGCGAGUGCGGGCCCGGUCCGGUCAGCCUCAUCAUCAGCCGGCACCCCAACCCCAAGGUUUCGGAGCAGGAGAUGGAUGAAGUGAUCACUCGCACCACACACAGAGAGAGCCUGAGCAGGGAGGGGCAGCCGUCUCAUGUGCUGGGACUGCCAUCCAAGAGCCCCUCUCCCUCUGUGAAAGCCAAGCUAAGCGAGGGAGGUUCCUCUCUCAGCUGGACCAUGAAGAGGUUCCUGGAGCCGGCCAGCAGGCAGGGGUCCUUGAGCUCGGAGGCCGAGCUGUCCCAGUACUUCCUGCACGACGUCCCCAGCCAGUCGUCCUUCUCGGAGAGCGUGGCCCUGGGCUCCAGCGACGAUGACCUGCUCCCUCUCCGGAGCUGCAGCGCCUCCUUGGACCGCACCGGAGCCCAGCCUCACGCCUUUAAGGCCGGCCCCGGCGGGGGUGUGGACAGCAGCCCCAUAUGUGCGGACAGUGGGGGGAAGGCCCCAGGCCCGGUCUGCCGUGCCGUGGAGGUGGUCCGCCAGAGCAGCGCGGGCAGUAACCCCAGCUCGGUCCGCAGCCCCCUGCUUCGUCAACGCCGCGUCGUCUGCUACGAGGACGAGGCCAGCGACGAGGACGACGAGCCACUGCGCCCCGACUGCGACGGUGGCGCCCCCUACAGGAGGGCCCCGCCACCGGGGGCGGAGCCACGGAGGCUCGCCGACGAGGACCUGGGCAUCGUGAUCGCCACGUCGUCCGUGGAGGUGGACGAGGAGAGUCAGGACGGGGGGGACCUGCAGAGGAACCCGAGCAGCGACGCCCCCACCCCGUUCUACAACAGCUCCGCCGACUUUGAGGACAGCCCCCCCGCGGAGCCCUUCCCCCCGGGGGCGGAGUCUCCGUUCAUGCCCAUUCGGUGUUUCGAGCACGAUGGGGGCGGGGUUGGCGGCGGCCUCGGGGUGCGGAAGGACGGGCACCGCGACGGGCAGGUGGAGUCCAAGCGCUCCCCGAAGCUGGAGCACAAGGCCGUGACCCGGGUCAAGAGCAUGAUGAGCAUCGAGUGCCCCAACCCCACGCCCCGCCCCAAGACUGAGGAACCGCCCUCAGCCCCGCCCCUGCCACUGACAGGACCCCGCCCCGUUCCCCGCCCACCGACCCACUGCAAGAGGGCGGAACCCAGCGAACUGGCUGGGGUUUGCACCAUCGAAACGGUGGUGCUUACGAGAGCCAAGGACGAGAGCUUCGGCCUGGACCUGGAGAUCAAGUCUUCCCCUCUGAAGGUGUUGAUUACAGGGCUCAGACCAGGAGGGGCUGCGGACAGAGAAUCCAUGGGGAAGUUGUGCGUUGGCGACGAGAUCGUGGCGAUCGGAGAUACCCUGGUGUGCACCUCGUCCUACCAGGAAAUCUGUGACCUCAUGCACAAUCUUCCCGUCACUCUCAUGUUAGAGAUUCAGAAGCCAGUCUCGGCUGUAGAUCGGCUAUCUACUCUGAUGAUGUCAUCUGGCAAUGAAGGAAACCCCAGGGUGGAUUCCUUCAAAAACACCCCAGAGGUUAAUGAUGAAGCACUCAAGAGGAAGGACAUAGCAAAUCAUGGAAGCACCCCCUCGCAGACUAAUUCAAAACAUCCUUUUCAAACAGACCCCAAGCACGAGGUGCCUGUCACUGACAUUGAUAACAUUAUAUCUGAACUGUGCUCCUCGUCAGACAAAGUUCUGAGAAGUGAGAACAAGAACUCUAGUUUGAAUGCACACAGUAAUGGAACCACCGUUAGCCCGAUGCACAAUGUUCUUAACCCGCAAGGAAACAAGAACUGUUCGGCUCAGGAGCCGCUGGUACGGCCUAACGUUUUGGAUUUUUCGGUUUUGGAUGGAGGAACUACAGGUGGUCUGCUCAUGCCCAUGAGCAAAACAUUCUUGCAGAGCUACUCUAGGAACUUUGGCAAUAUGAGCGAGGAAGUGACUAGCAUUCCAAAUGGACCCACUGAGGAGAAAGACGGCGAAGCUUCUCAAUGCAUGUACAGCAUGGUGGAUGACAGUGAGUCUGAAAGCGACUCCACCUCUGAGAAGGUCCACCACAUGGCUAAUCCUGCAAGCUCUGGUCUGACCCAAUGUGCCGAGCCACAGGAGGUGGACUCAGAGGAGGAAGUCGAGAUUUGUUACAGUGAGAACCACAACUCUAGACAGCAGGCAGUGGACUGUACAGUAAAAGAAAGUUCUGUAACAUCAUCUCCCUGUGAGGUCAUAAGCUCACAGAAUGUGAAGAAAGGGUCCUUUGAUUUUGGUCAGGAGGAACCUCCCCUCUCUCCUCCAAACCAGUCUGCCUUGAACCCAACCUCCCCUUGUCAGACAGAUGAAGAACUGACUGUGAAUGACUCUGAACCUCUGGAACCUCAGCACCCAUCUUGCACCAAUAAAGAUAGCCCUGAUGAAGCUAACCAAUCACAGACAUCUUCUGAGGUGCCUCUUUUACCAUGUACUCAGUCCACUGAUAACCUACUCAUGUCUGAAAGGAGUAACCCCACAAGUGAAGAGAAAAAGGGAUGCCAGUCUUCCACCUGUGCUACACCUAAGGGUGUUGAGAUAUUAGGCCAGCAUGGUGGCAUAGCAUCAUGUGACACAAUUUUGGCCACUACCAAAGCUAGCCAGGAGUCCUCCCACUGUGCUAUACCACCUAACAGUGUUGAGAUGACUGACCAGCACGGUAAUAUAGCAGCCAGGCCAUGUGACAAGCUUGUGACCACGACCAAAGCUAGCCAAGCUUCAUUGAGUGUGGGCGAUUCUUCUCUCAUGCAGGCUACCUGUCACAUGACCGCAAGGACACAAGAGCGGACAGCAAAGCUUCAAGCAAAUACUUUGCUGUCUCCUGAGAAACCCCCAGAACUUCCACCAUCAUCCAAGUCCUCUGAGUCAAAGAAUUCCAUUUACUGUGAUAGUAAAUCCAACGGGAGGACAUCAGCUGCACCUGCGUCACAAAAUGGUGAGAAAGAGAAAGCACAGAGUCCUCCCGAAAUGCAGAACUCCUCCAGUCAUGGUCCUGAGGCCCCAGGGAUCAACUCAGAGAACGACUGCUCCAGCUCCACUCAGUCAAGCAGCAGAGUCAAGCUGACUGAAAAAUUGCCAAAAACCAACUCCCCUUCGAAACUGAAGGGCCUUAGUGUUAAAAGUAGAAGUAGUAGGGUGCAAGACCAGCCUGUUACAAAACAAUCAAGGCCUGAGAGUCCCGUACAGAAGACAACCCCAGCCUCCCCAGUUCAGUCUCCCAAAAUCCAGGCUAAGAGGCUUUCUUUUCCGGCCAAUUUACAGGCAGGUAAACAGGUAGACAAAAGCACACCAGCUUCACCCAGGCUUCCCAACCACAGAUAUGGUAAGGUGUUGAAUGAUCCAGGUGCUUCAGUGAUGGAACCUCCAAAUUUCUGUUUGACAUACACGCCUAGUAGUCCACUUGCGAACAAGAGGAAAGAAUCCAAGGCUAACAAGCCAAAGGCAGAGGUCAAUACUAGACAGGAGGAGCCCUGUUUAAAGUCAAAAGAGAGGCCUGUGGUGAUUGCAACUCAGAGGAGUUUCAUUGAAGUGCGGCUGUCGUCCUCAUCCUUGCCCUCAUCCUCCGCGUCCACACCCAUUUUGGGAAGAAAAGAAAUCCUAGAGAAAACUGCCAGCUCACACUAUACUUCAGGAUCAGGUACUCCAAGUCCACAAAGCCUGGCAGAGCUAUCUAGCUCUUCUCAAAAUGGAGAAAAGUUCAAUUCAGUCUCAAAUGAUGAAGCUACAGAUUCAAGUGUUGCUGCAGAUGAACAACUAGACUUUAUAAAUGAUGGCCAAAAGGACGGCGUUAUCAAAAACCACAUCAGCAUCAAGGAGACGGACGACUUUGAAGCUGGCCGGUUAAAAUUGCGCCUUUUGAAGUUGGAUCGUCGGAGUUACUCCACGGACACCAGCGCUCCUGCAGUCGCCAACCCUUUUUCUGUUCGCCAGAGAAUCAAGUCCUUCGAGAACCUGGCCAGCUGUGACAGGCCGGUCACCAAGUGCAUUGACAUCCAGUCCUACGCGAUCACGUCCAAACCCCCACUGAGCAGGAGAUCGUCAGGCUGCGUCACCGCGGCGAACUCCCCCUCGACCGACCACCGCACUUUGAGGCGGAGCCUAAGCUCAUAUGCCGAUAACCUGUGCGACGUUCCUCCGCCGUCACCACAACAGAGGAAGUCUCCUUCCGGUGCGGCUCCGAUGACCUCGGACGGCGGUCUGGAUUCCCACGCAGAGGAAGAAACCGUUCCUGCCCCGUCGGAACUGGGGCCGGGCUGCCCGCCCCAGACCACGCCCGCUGUGCGGAGCAGGCCUGCCCGUGGCCGUUCGGGGCUGUCCCGCUCCCGGCUGAGAGAGCUGCGGGCACUGAGCAUGCCCGACCUCGAUAAGCUUUGCACUGAAGACUUUGCCAAAGUGGCGGGCGGCGCCACCGCCGCCGCCACUUUCAAGACCGAGCUGGAGAUCCAGCCCAGAAGGUCUGCUGGGAACCCCCCGGAGAGUACGCCAUGUUUGAGCUCUACGGCCCCUGGGGGGUCUGACCUCCCCAGGGCCAGCAGGAGUGGGGCAUCCACUGGAGGGGUGGGAACUGCAGGAUCAGCACCUGGAGAAUAUUUUCAAAAGAGCAAGGCAACUGAGCAGCAGUCUCCAGACAGCAGCUGGUCAAUCAGUUUGAGCGAACUGGCCGCCUCCCCCUCGGAGCAGAGCAAGCUGCGGGGGGCUCUGUCGCCGCUGACCGAUAAAGCAGAUGUGUGCACGCUGAUACAGGAAGCGAAGGCUCUCUCUGAGGUUAAAGAAGGUGUUCAUUUUGUGGUCCUGACUAAAGAGGAAGGCUCCGGGCUGGGCUUCAGCAUUGCUGGCGGGGCUGAUUUGGAACAGAAGUCAAUAACUGUCCAUCGGGUAUUUUCCAGAGGGGUGGCUGGAGUGGAAGGUACCAUUCAGAGAGGGGACAGCAUAAUGUCCAUCAAUGGCACCAAUCUGAGAGGGACCACACAUGGAGAGGCCCUUUCCUGUCUCCACCGUGCCCGGCUGCCCAGGCAUGCCCUGGUUGUAAUUCGCAGGGGAAAGGACAGUGAACCCUCGUCCCAGAGACAAGAUGUCUCCACCAGGAUUGGAGGUUGGGCUGCAGGUUCCAGAGACGUUACUAUGGACACAGGACCAGCUGUGGAGGUGGGCCCUGAUGGAGCUCUAAGCGUGGAGCUGCUGAAGACUUCGGCAGGUUUGGGCUUCAGCCUGGACGGGGGCAAGGCCUCGGCCCAGGGGGACAGGCCGCUCAAUAUCAAACGCAUUUUCAAAGGGGGAGCUGCAGAGCUCUCAAGAGUCAUUGACGUUGGAGAUGAAGUUCUUGCCAUCAACGGGCAAUCCCUGCAGGGCCUCACGCACUGUGAUGCUUGGAACAUUAUCAAGGCUGUCUCAGAUGGCUCGGUCCAGCUAGUGAUCAGGAAACCCAGAACUUCUGUAUGACAAUGGGGCUCUUUGUCUGGUAUUUUGUAUUGGUCUGAAGCUGAACUGGACAGCAUAUGUGACAAAAACAAAAAAAAACAAGAGGACCCAACUGUGUGCUGUGUAUAUAAGAGAUGAACUAUUACUUUCAAGUUUUUAUACCUUCAAAAUGGUUAUAUUUGUGAUAUUAAUAUUUUUAUCCAUGUGUACAAAUGGCUCGUACAAAAGAUCUAUGGCACUAGUACUAUUGUACACAAUAUGGUGGGGGGGAGGGGGGGCUGUGAUGAAUUUAUCCAUUUUUAUUUUCAAGGAGUAAUAGUAAUGAGCAUAUUUUAACUGCUGUUUUUCCUUUAUUAUUCUGAUUGGGCUUGAAGAAAUACGAAAAAUGAUUUCAAAAUUACUUUCAUUGUGAUGCAACUAAGCUGUUCCUCAUUCUAAUUGGAAACCAAACCUCUUUCACAGUGACAUAGGAGAUCGGUGAUGUCACAACGCCAUUGCUUUUUUUUACUGUCACUAUGUCUUGCUUCAGAGUUCUUAUGGGGCCUCUCAAGAACCCUGGGUUGAGUUAACACCGUUUCAUCUGAAAGGCAUACUAUGCAGGAAUUUUUUACUUGAAAAUAUUAUAAAAUAUCCAGGCUAAGGUAUAUCUAUGAUGCACUGGCAAUCUUGGUGGUGCCACCUGAAGUUCGCCAAGGGAGCGAAAAGUGAAUUGUAGCUGGCUUAUUAUUGGUUGGACCUGUUACACCUGUUACUGUAAUGUUACAUCUAGCUAUGCGGCUAGGGUUUCCAAACAUCUAGUUUUUAACCAGAGUGUCUGGUUUUCAAAUUGUUUGUACAUGCCCGGUCCAUGGACCUAACUGGACAAUGUAGUCUAAUGUCUGGUCCAACUCCAAAUAACUGAUGGGAGAAAUUUACCUGUAGUUUCUAAAGAAUUAGCGUGCCUGUGACUUAGUUGGGUACACGGGAGAAUGGGUGGGGUUGAAGGCAGAGGAGGAGACCUCUUUGAUUGUGAACACAGGUUAAAAAUUCCUGCAUAGUAUGACUUUUAAACAGUGUUUUAUCUUACCUGCCUUUGUUUGAGAGGCAAGUGGAUUUAUAUUUAGGUUUCCGGGUCGGUUGCUUCCAUAAAAGACGUGAAAUAAACUCUUCCGCUGUACCCUCAGUCUGAAAUGGGCUACCUCACCCAGGUGCUUUGCUGAUCCACACCUUUCUUGAAUUGCUGUACUUCAUAGUUUCAUUUUUGAAUACCACACAUAUGCUGUAGUAGUCUAGUACUUGAAUGUCCAAACCCAACAAUUACAAAUUGACUAGUUAAUUUAAGGUUUUAAUUACCACUGUUACCACAUAAAAAUUAUUAUGCUAAUCAAUUGCUGUAGUAUGUGGAGUCCUGUUUGGUGAAAUAAUUAUGCUUUCAUUUUUUUUUUUCGAGCUUCUGUUUGCCUUUUUAAAUUUAGUAAUACUUGUUUUUCCAGUUUAACCAGAGUGACAGCCCAUUUUCCAGCCAGUUUUUUUGAAAUGAGUAAGUUUUUGUAUAAUUAUGAAAGCACUGCGGUAUCAAAUAUCAUGGGUGGCCCAAGAUGGAGUUCAUUCUAUUCAUCCCUUAUCUAACCUGCUUAAUCCUGAUCAGGGUCAUGGGGGCACACGUUGGGGAAAUACAUCGCAGGGCAUACACUCCAUUGACUCAUAGCUACGGGUAAUUUUAUUUCUCCAAUUAGCCUAACUUGCAUGUCUUUGGACUGUGGGAGGAAACCAGAGUACCCAGAAGAUACCCAUGAGGAUUCGAGGAGAACCUGUACACUCCACACAUUCAAACCUGGGACCUUCUUGCUGUGAGGCAAGAGUACUAUCCACUGCACCACCAUGCCACCCCAAUUAAGUUAGUUUGGCUUGUAAAAUGACUGAAUUAUCUGACAGCAUACUUGUUGGCCAGUAAUAGAGGUGUCUGAAGUGUUGUCCAAAAACUUAGUAGUAUUAAUGUGCAUAACAAUUAGGGAAAGUUUGGAAAUGUGUGUACAUGAAAAGAUGAAUAUACAUUACUAGGUACUAUGAUGCAUUACGUUUUGUACGGAACUGCAAUUUUUUAUUUUAAGUUUCUCUUCUCAAAAAAGUAGCAGUUGUAUACAAGCAGUAGGAUUUUAAGUGAGACCAUCCAUGUGCAGUGAAAUGUAUUUCUGCAAGAUGUUAAUAUUGACUUAUUCCAAGCAAGUAUGGGCAUAAACACAACACACACAAUGAUAUAACGAUAAAUUGCCAAAAGAACAUUUGACUGGAUAGCAAACCUGUUGAAGCUGUUCAAAAGAUAGUCAUGUUCAUAUGUAUAUUGUAGGACUCUUUAAAUUCUGUUUAUAUGGUUUUGAUACUUCCCAUGAUCCUAUAGGUUUUUUUUUUGAGAUGCAUUUUCGGUACAAUAUUAAACAUUGUUUAAUUACAUUUGCAAAAUCCCAUGGGUGAUUUUGCCUGUAUGUUUUGUCUAUGCAUUUUUAAUUAAAUAACUUCUCAAAGACUUUGGAUACAACUUCUCUGUAGCAAAAUCUGCUAAAUUAUUUUUUUUACAUAUUAAGGUUAAUUUCAUAUGAUGUAGAGGAAGGCUGCCCAACCCUGUUCCUGGAGAUCUACUGUCCUGUAGGUUUUCACUCCAACCCUGACAAAGCACACCUCCUGCCACAGCUAGAGAUGUUGUUGAGUGGCUGAUUCAUAGAAUCAGGUGUGCCAAAUUAGGGUUGAAAUAACCUGCAGGAUGAUGGAUCUUCAGGAACAGGGUUGGCAGAUCUAGUGUAGGGGGUAAUUUAUUGUAAAUGAUGUUGACGGUCAAUAUAAACUCUACCAUGCUCAUAGCCCUUGUCAAGCACAACUUGUUUGCAAUACUCAGUGUGAAUACUCUUACUGUACUAUACAUUUUUUUCACUCAUUGUACUAUAUGCUAUUAGAAAACUGAAUCAGCAGUGGGAAUAACGCAAACUGUACUAUUUUAUCUUUUGAAGCUGUCUGAUUUUAAUAUAUAGACAUUGAUACGAACAUAGUUUUUCGAAGGCUGUGGAAUUUUGUUUUGUGAUUCAAAAACAAAUAGCUGUAAACUGAGACUGAUGUUGUGGGAUUAAAUUUUCAGUUCACACAUCAUUAAACAUUAUUUUGAGACUUACUUGAUUAAAUCCUCUACUAGAAUUUAUGUAUUUAAAUCAGGCUUUUGUACUUGUAAUAUAAAAUGUCAAAUUGCGCAGUGCAGUUAUUUGAACAUAAAAUGCCUAUGGAUUUAUUUAAAAACUGAAGAGAAUGUCCUGUCUCUGUAAACUGUAACUGAGGAAGAAUUGAAGAAAACUGGCUUGUAAUGUGACUGUUAAUCAAGGUAUGUUUGUAUAGUAUGCUUUGUCAUUUGAUGUACAUGUAGCAGUGAUAAAUUUUUUACAGUCAUGA